AUGGCGGCGUCACUGGAAAAGUUGCUGGAGGAGGCCACCCGUCCUGAAGCCGAGGCUGCAAACUGGGAUGUCAUUAAAGCUUUCUGCGACAAAAUCCUUGAAGAGGAUGAUGGGCCUCGUGAUGCUUGCUUCAUGCUCCUGGAUAAGAUUCGCAGCCCCCGUUUGAACGUGGCGCUGCGUGCUCUUGACGUUCUCGAGGCUUGUGUGCAGCAAUGUGGCCCCCCGAUGCAUUCUAUUGUUGGUCGCUUCAAAUUUCUUAAUGAAUGCAUCAAGAUGGUGUCGCCCAAGUACCAUGAGAAUCGGCCAGAACCUGUGGUUCAACGUGUCUUGUCCCUGAUCCAAACUUGGGCCCGUAACUUGCCAAAUGAGCCCAAGGUGAAAGAAGUCUACAAUAUGUUGAAGCGGCAAGGCAUGGCGUUUGCAGAUAGUGAAAGCUCUCCGAAUGAACAUGUUGCAGUUGGCGAGGGUUACCUCGGCGUAUCCCAGACAGCAUCGGAGCGACCCUCUCCCCUCGAGCACGAUGAGCGCCAAUCUAAGAUGUUGCAAAGGCUUCUUCAAAGCAAAGAUCCCAAUGAUCUGCGCAAGGCCAACAAGCUUAUUCAAAAGAUGGUUCGCAAGGAUCAAGAGCGGACGGAGCGUGCGGUUACUUUGCGGGGCCAAAUUGACGGUAUUCAGGAAAAUACAAAGACCGGUCUUAUUGCAUUCUCUCGUGUGUCACAAAAGUCACAAAAUGCCCUGAUAUCGAUUUUGGUUUUUAGCAAUUGCACGCUGGGUGCCUUGAGGCCCGCCCCAAGCUGUUUGUUGGACCUUGACUUCUCGCCCACGCCAGCGUCUGCUCCAACCAAUGCCUCCAAUGGCCUUUUCGAUGCCUUUGGCAGUUCUGCUGUGGCUUCACCGCCCGGUAGUACAGCAGCACCGGCGGAUCCCUUUGACCUCCUUUCCGGAUUUGGCGGCAGCUCGGCGGCGCCCGCGCCUACUCCCGCCGCGCCAGCGGUUGCUUCCGAACCUCAAGACCCCUUUGCUGCCUUUGGGCAACUCGGUGUGGAUUCAAAACCAUCCAACGCGGCGGCAGUGGCUCCUGCACCCGUUGCCGCGCCUGCUUCCGUCACCAAUCCUCUGGAUGAUUUGCUUGGAUCAAGCUUCGGAGCAAAUACGCCAGCAGCAGCAGCGCCGCCUGCACCCUUGGACAUGUCUCAAAUCUCUAUCGAUAUGUCGUCCAUCCGGUCCAAUCCAUCGCUCUCUCCUGUCACGCUUUACGAUAAGAACUCGGUCAAGGUCAUGCUACACUUUGCCGCUGACAGUCCGCAUCCGGACGCACUUGUUUGUGUUGUCUCUGUCCUCAACUUCAACGGCGCGCCGAUUGAAAACAUCUUGUUUCAAGCUGCUGUGCCACGUGCACUGCAGGUCAAGCUCAUGCCGGCGUCUGCAUCCUCGGUUGAGGGCCACAACCCCAUGGCCGGCGCAAAGCCAGUGACGCAAGUGAUGGUGAUUGGCAACCCCGACAAGAAACCCAUCAAACUACGUUUCAAGUUCUCUUUCACCCUCAAUGGCCAAACGGUGGAUGACAUGGGCGACUGUGCCGAAUUUCCCCCCAUGUAAACAUCCGGCUCUUGUCACAACUGACCUUCCUCGGCCUCCAAUCAUAAGCUUUUGAAAUAUGGCCAAGCCUGGGUUCAUUUCAGACAACAAUCAUGUUGGAUUCAUGUGCUCAACCAGAAUUCAAUUUUGGAGGCGC